UUGAAAGCGAGACUACUUAAAGCCUAGCCUCUUGCAUUCAUUCACUCACCCUCAAUUCCUAACUCGUCCUUCACUUUCCUCACUUUAUUUUGACACUGCUUUCACAGCUUUCUUUCUCCUCCUCCUUUCAACUUUUUUCAACUUUCUGCUCGUAAAUCCCCAUGGCCUCAUCUCACCAACCCAAGGACUUUGAUGUUUUCUUGAGUUUCCGAGGUGAAGAUACUCGCCGGGGUUUUGUAAGCCAUUUACAUAAGGCUCUGACUCAACGGUGUAUUCGAACUUUCAUUGAUGAUAACCUCCAUAGGGGAGAAAACAUAUCUGACGAGCUUCUCAAAACCAUUGAAAACUCAAGCGCGUCAAUAAUUGUAUUUUCUAAAAACUAUGCAUCCUCUAGUUGGUGUUUGGAUGAACUUUCUAAGAUCAUGAAGUGUAGCAAAAAAGUGCUACCAGUUUUCUAUCAAGUGGAUCCAUCUGAAGUUCGUAAGCAAACAGGGGAUUUUGGAAACGAACUGACUGAGCUUGAAAAAAAAAUUGAAGACAAGACAAAGGUACAAAGGUGGAGGGACGCUUUAAGUAGAGCAGCCAGUAUUUCUGGCUGGGACGAGAAAAACAGUGGCACUGAAUCUGAACUUGUCCAAAAAAUUGUUGAAGAGAUCUUAAAUUCUGAUAUCAUUCAGAUGCCAUCAAAUGAUGCUACAAUGCUGGUUGGAAUGAAUUCUCGCAUGGAGGCGGUGACAAAACUUUUAAAAAUUGAAUCAAAUGAUGUUCGCAUGGUAGGGAUCACUGGCCUUGGUGGAAUAGGCAAAACUACAAUUGCAAAAGAGAUUUAUAAGAGCUUUUCAAAUCAUUUCGAAGCAAAAAGUUUUGUGGAGAAUGUUAGAGAGUGGUCAAAGACAGAGCAAGGCAAAAUCCAUUUACAAGAGACUCUUCUUAAGGGUAUCUCAGAGGAAAAGAAUUUGAGGGUGAGUACUCUAUAUGAAGGAAUCACAACGAUAAAUAGAAUUCUUCGCCUAAAAAGGGUUCUUAUCAUUCUUGAUGAUGUGGAUAAUGCCGACCAGAUAGAAACAUUGCUCGGACAAUGUGAAUGCUUUGCAUUUGGAAGUAGGAUCAUUCUGACAACAAGAAAUAAAAGCUUGCUAACUGAUCGAAAUGGUCUUUCAACCCAUUUCUACGAGGUUGAGGAAUUAGAUGAAGAUGAAGCUAUUGAACUCUUUCGUAAGCAUGCCUUCCUAAGUAACAAAGUCCCUGAAGAUUAUUUGGAACCUGUGAAACAAGCUAUAAGUUAUGCCAAAGGCCUUCCUCUAGCUCUAAAAGUAAUGGGUUGUGAUUUGUGUGGGAAACCAAUAGAUGAAUGGAAUGAGGCGAUAGAUUAUUAUGAAACAAAUCUUCAUGAAAAUAUUCAAAAAAUACUAAGAAGAAGUUAUGAAGGAUUAACCGAAGAUGAAAAGAAUAUUUUCCUUGAUAUUGCAUGUUUCUUCAAGGGAUAUGACAUGAGUUAUAAUAUGAUUAAGGAAGUACUGGAAGCUUGUGGUUUAAAACCAUAUGGUAUUCGAAAACUUAUUGGUAAGUGUCUCUUGACUACUGAUCGAGAUUGUUAUUAUUUGUCGAUGCACGACUUAUUACAACAAAUGGGUAUGGACAUUGUUCGACAAGAAGCACCACAAAAUCCUGGGGAACGUAGCAGGCUAUGGUCUUUUGAGGAAGUUCUUGGUGUAUUAACUGAAGAUAUGGGUUCAGAUAAAAUUCGAAGCAUGAUAUUGCGGUCGCCUAAAUCAGAACCAGAAGAGGUGCAAUUAAAGGCACAAUUUUGUAAGAUGAAAAAUCUUAGAUUGCUUUUGAUUCGUGAUGUACGUUGUUGCAAUGGACCCCUUGAAUGUCUUCCCAAUGGAUUAAGCUUGCUUGAUUGGCCUGAAUAUCCAUUUUCUUCGUGGCCACCAAAUUUUUCUCCUAAAAAACUGGUUGUGCUCAAGAUUCCUUUUAUCCUAUUAAAGGAACCAGUACUCAAGCAGAAUUUUGUAUCCGUGACAUAUGUGGACUUCAGUCGGUGCAAUCUGAUUACGAAAAUACCUAACUUAUCAAUGACCCCAAAUGUAACGACAUUGAAACAUCAAUGGUGUACAAAUUUAGUUGAGAUUGAUGACUCCGUGGGGCGUCUUGAUAAGCUUAAAGAGUGGGACCUUCAAGGUUGCGGAAAACUUGAAACUCUUCCGAACUGUCUCACGAUGAAAUCUCUUACAUCAUUUCAUCUAGUAGACUGCAAGAGGAUUAAGAAGUUCCCAAAUAUCUUGCACGAAAUGAAAGAUGUUAAAUAUUUACAUCUUCCUGGGAACUGUACUAAUGAAUUGCCUCUGUCAUUUGGGAAAUUGAUUGGGCUUAAGGGCUUAUAUAUAUCAUCGAAUUCAGGAGAGGCACAUCUUCCGGGUAGCAUCUAUAAUUUACAAAAUAUAAAGGAGCUUGAUUUUGAUGGCAAUGUCAUAUUUCCAAAGAAUGUGGAGAUUGAUAGACAGCCAAUGUGCAAUUCUCCUGGUUGCUCUUCCAAAUGUGUUUUUCCAAGGUUGAAACAACUACGAUUUUUUGGCUGUACAAUUCGCUCAGAAAUAGAAUUUAUUUUGAAUUAUUGUUGCCCCCUCCAACUGGAAGAGUUAGUCAUCAACGGCAGCAAAGUUGUCACCCUCCCAGGAAGCAUGAGCAGAUUUGAGAGAUUACAUGAUCUUUUAAUUCAUUAUUGCGAUGAGUUUCAGGAAAUCCCAAGGCUUCCGCAUAGUAUAAGACGUGUAGAAGUAGUACAUUGCCACUCGCUGGAUUUACAAUCAUUCUUUCAGCUGCUCCUAGAAAUCAUGGGGCUUCCACCAAAUCUACCACCAUGUUUAGGUGUAGCAAGCUACAUGUUAAGGUCGCAACUGCGGCUUGUACACUCAUCUCCAAUGUUCAUAUGUUAUCUAGACGUCCUUUGUGAAUAUAGUUUUGAGGUAACAGGAGAUGAGAAUGAUAUUCCAAGUUGGUUCAACCAUCAAAGGGAUGGAAAUAUAAUAUCAUUCUCGAUUGGUCCCGAAUUUCCAACAAUUGCUCUCUGCAUUGCUUUUGGAAUACAAGAUUCUUUUUGUGAGUUUGAUUAUUAUGUCAUCAUUUCCAUCAAUGGUAGUGCACGAAAGUUUGAAAGAAAAUUCAUUGCAAUAGAAAGGAGCUUUGGGCGUCUGAGUUUUUCCUGUAGACCUCAGAGCUCAUUGCAGGAACUAUUUCGGGACUUGCAACUAACUGAUCGGAAUCAUGUUGAGAUCCUGUGUGUACCUUUUCAUCCUUCAGAAAUUGCUCCCAUCGUUGAAAGGAUAGGAGUCCAUGUAGAAUGCAAUUGCCCGAGAUUUGACUCAUCAAAUGUUAUUCUGUUUGAUUUGUGCUCAUCUUCAGUGGCCCAACCUGGAACGCCUGUAACACCAACGUUGUUUGAAGAACAUUGUACUAUGUGGUACCGGCGCCUUCCAUACUGCAAUAUUUCCCGGCAAGAUCAGCAGGAAAAUCCUUAAGAACA